AGAGCGAGCUGCAGCUGAGACCCUUGUCAUGGUUUGAAUAGAGGUGUGCAUCCAGCGACAGCUAUUAUCGGACUUGUAAUUAUUAUUUGAAAAUCCAAAUCACCAAGAUGCAAAAAUCCGCAAGCAUUUGAAUAAAUAAGAAAUUAGUGCUGGACGAACCGCUUGAUCACGACAGCAGCAAAAUUAAGUGAUGACUAGCUAGUUUAGGUGCACCACUGGCAUUCUAUUUUAAUAUUUUCAUUGUCCAGGCUUCAAUAGAGAAUAUCGCAAAGCCUCUAAAGCCAGACUGGAGACCAUGAGAGCUAAAUGAUCGCAAACUGAAGCGGAUUGGUGAAAGCUCAGUGUCGGAAAGGAAGGAACAUCCCGUCAAAUGGAGGAUCUCUACAAGGAUGCUCAGGCCAGCCUGCCCCUGGACAUGGCCAGCUCCCCAACUGUAGUUAGCACCGCCAGCGGCAAGCUUGAAAAUGGAAUGACCCAGCUCAUCACAGCCGAGGCCUGGAACAUUAACCCCACAGGCAUGAUGAAGAAGCCCCUGUCCCCGCUUGUGACGGUGCCAGCUCCUCCCAUGGUGACCCCUUCAGUUGAAUCUCCCAGUGGGGUGGCUCUGAAAGUGGCUGCUACUGUCCUCCAACCCAUCUGCCUUGGAGAAAGUCCAGUGAUGCUGCCCAUUCACCUGCAAGUAGCAGGAAGCGCCACUCCUCAAAUGAACCCUACUGGCAACACUCCUUACGUCAUGACUAGCCAAGGGCCCGUUCCACUGCCACUUGUUCUGGAGCAGCAUGUGUUUCAGCACUUAAACUCUCCCAUGUUGUCUCAGGGCCCUUCUUGUCCCACAAUAUCCUUACAAAACAAUGUCUUGUGUCAGAACUCUUCCCUCUCUUUCAGCCAUGCACCCCCACUAGACCAGAAAUCUUCUACCCAAGCACAAGAGCCCGGGAUCCUGCCUUUAUUCCAGAAUCCAGGCUUUGCCACCAUUCUCCAGGAUCUGUUCCCCUCUCAGAGCAACUUGGGUCCAUCAGUUUGCCAUUCAGCCAGCUCGGCUCCCACAGACAAUUUCUCUUCAAACUUUUUCCCACCACCGCCUAGCCAGGUGUAUAGUUCACCCCUGUCCCCGCUGGUGCCCCCUCCCACUCUCCUCGUCCCCUAUCCCGUCAUCGUUCCCCUUCCAGUUCCCAUUCCUAUUCCCAUCCCCAUUCCCGUCCCACAGAGCACAGAAUCGAAGGGAUUCACAAACUCACUUAAAUCGGUCUGCACUUUGACCAAAAGCACCCAAACUCCUGCUAAAGAAGCUUUGAGCCCCCAACACCUGCAAACCAGUGUUGUUACCCACAUAAGUCAGCUAGCAGUCUCUACAACGUUACCACCUAAUGACGGGGAAGCACUCGAUCUCUCCAUCAAAGCCCUGCCUUUGCCAACAAAACAGGAAAUUCCUUACCAGCAAGACAGUGUCCUGGAUCUCUCGAUGAGUCAUGUCAGGAAACAGGGUGUACCCAUGUAUCAUUCGGACACCAGCAAAGACCCUCUCAGAUCUUUGGCAGAGCGCCCAACCCGCUCUGGGGAUGAAUCAUCCAGUGCUGCAUUAACUUUAGAUGUCCCACGGCUAAACGAGGGUUUUCAGAAAGUGACUUCAUUUGAGUUUAGCAAACAGCACAAGUGGCUGGUGGACCCCAACAGUAACAGACCUGGCUGCGACCCCAAGUGUGGUGGAAGCAACAUAGAAAUUGUCAGCACGUCCCAGACAGCCAAGGUCAUUGUAGCGGUCAAAGAUGCUGUUCCUGCUAUAUUCUGUGGGAAGAUCAAGGGCCUAUCUGGGGUGUCCACCAAGAACUUUUCUUUCAAACGAGACAGUGCUCAGGAGGCCAUGCUGCAGCAGUGUUACGACGCCAAGACCCAAGCCGAGCAGCGAGACGGCAACGACCCUCUGAAGAAACCUCUGAAAAACAGGGGCAUCAAAUUAAAGAAAAUAAACACACAGGAGAUACAUAUCCUUCCUAUUAAAAAGCAGCGCUUGGCUGCAUUUUUCCCAAGGAAAUGAGGUACCCAGUGUAGGCUUGGGUAAAUUUAGUUGGUGUUGCUUUGACAACAGGUUAUAUCCUGUUCAUGAAUAUUAGUAAACAAAACAAUAUGUAAAAAAGAAAGAUCCCUGAGUCAGGACACAGUCCCGUAAUUGUUAUUAAGAUAUCCAAGGAGAAACUUGCACCUGUGGUUGCUAAGCUAUUAGAUUCAAAGAACAACUCAUAAUCAAAGAUGUGUGUUCACAAACUGUGGCCUUGAGUGUACCUAAACCACUGUAUCCUAAACACUAAAACUGUAGGAGCAUAAAUAUUGAUGUAUCAUGAAUAUUCUGUGUUUCACAAAUACAUCAUGAAUAUGUAUUGCCACGAUUUAACCUAUUAAUAUCCGCUCCACACACACAUUUAUUCUCUAGUUCCUAGUCUUUUAAUAUUCAUGAAGGUGGAAGAUCAGUUGUAAGAGUGACGUAUCCUGUUUCUACGAUAAAUGACAAAAGCAUUUCGAACGAGUAGGGGUGUGCCGAUAUUCGUAUUUUCUGAGUAAUUACCUUUGAGAAAUUAAAGUUGUUAGGUACUGAUUCAAUGGAAUAAAACGUGUUAAUUACUCAACACAAAACAAUUUUAUCUCUUGGUUUCCAUAAUUAUUGAAUAUCAAUCAAUAACAAUCUGGCAGUGUUAUUUAACCCUUAGCGGUCGAUUUAGUCAGCGCGUAUCAGGCGCGUCACGUCCAAUUUAUUUUCACACGUGCAGUUUAUUUUAGACGCGCUGUUUAAAAUUAUUUUUUUUCACAGUAAAACAGGUUUAAAAGGCACUGCAUAUCAACAGGACACUCAGUACUGCAUCUCCAGCCCCGCCCCACCCCUCGUUCGCUGUAUUUUUCACAUACCUCUACAUAGUACUGCAUACCGAUAAAUCAUCUCCUGAUCACUUGUUUUAUCACCAAACUCCUCAAUAAUGCGAUCCAAGUCAUUAUUUUAUUACUAUAACAUCUAAAAAAAAGCUCCGCAAAUGUCUGUGAUAUUCUUUGAGCGCUGGAUGCAGAAGCAGCUAUCUUGUUUGUUUAUGUCCAUGUUAUCUAUGUGGUGUCGGGGCUAUCUGUAUUCAUGAGAUACGCCCCUUUUUUUUCGGCUUCUCAGCUCCUAUCGGUCUCACUCGGCCAUUGAAUGGUUUUCUCUGCUUUUUCCGGAGAAAAAACGACUAGAGACCUGUUUUUUACGUCUUUUUGAUGAUGUCGGACAAGGUCCGACAUUGGACCAGAAAGGGAAAAUUGCAAUGUCGGACCAGGUCUGACAUAGGACCGCAAAGGGUUAAUAUAGAUGUUGUGAUGAACCUAAACUCAUUUAUAUUUUUAAGUGAUUAUUUUUCUUACCUUUCUUUUAUUUAUUUAUUUAUUUACCCCAGUUUUCUCCCCAAUUUGGAAUGCCCAAUUAGUAUUUUUAUCCCGGUUCACCGCUGCAACCCCCCAGUGACUCAGGAAACGGAGUUUGAAACACGAAUCCUCCGAAACGUGUUCCUGCCAAUCCGUCAUUUUUCGCACUGCGGAUCCACAGCGAAGCCACCAGACCUAUAGUGCCGGAGGACAACACAGAUCUGAAAGGGCGCCUGUGGGCCUGCAGUGGAGCCAAUCAGCCACAGGGCUCGCUGGUGCCCUGCCGACCUAAUCCCUCUGGGCGGCGCUCGGCCAAUUGUGCGCCGCCCCCUAGGAAUCCCCGGUCACGGUCGGAUUCGCCUGGAUUCGAACCCGAGACCUCCAGGCUAUAGGGCACAUCCUGCAUUCCACGCGGAGCGCCUUUACUGGAUGCGCCACUCGGGAGCCCCUUACCUUUGUUUUAUACUUUUGAAUGAAAUCAUUUUUAUUUCACUUUCCUUAGAAAUGCAUCAUCUCUGCAGUGAAUUGUGGGAUUGUAGUCCUAGGCAAGAUGUAAUCUCUGAAAUACAUAUCCCAGUUUCCACAGCAGUAGCUCGAGUUUGGGUUAAGAAGCGGUCACAUUUAUGUGACGAAUCAGUUGCUUUUGCUAAAUUUGCAACAUAUUUUCACUGUCAGUUUGCAGCCUCAGUUCAGCAGUAAAAAUGUCAGCACCCAAGACGAAAUUAUCUUACACCCGGCUUUUAAAACACUUAUGGGUAGUCUUGGACUACUUUACUUAAAAUAACAUUAGUUAGUGCAAGAUUAGUGAUCAGGGUCUGUGAAACCAGCCAUCAAUGUUUAAGUUAAUUGCCAUCGAUUAAUAGUAAAUUGUAGAGGUGAUGAAAAGUCAGCUUUUUUUGUUUUGAAAUCAACACAUUAAUAAAUGGAUUUAUUUAAUACCUGCAGACAAAUUCUUCUUAAAGGCAAUUACUCAGAAAAUAUCCCAUAAGUGGUUAAAAUUAAGGACAUUUUUGCUUUAGGCUUUUGAUACAAUUUGGGUAUGUUUUUUUUUUCAGUUUAUGAGAUGACCCAAGUGUAUUUUGUUUCACAAGCUCUAUUUAUAGGUUGUUAUGCAAAUUACAUUGUCUUGUCUGUGGGAGUGUGUUAGUGUCUCUGUGUGUGUGUGUAUGGAUGUUACUCUGCUAUUGGUUUAAGCUGGUAAAGGUUAGGUUCUCUCAAUAUUAUUAAAGUUAUUUGAAUAUCUAUGUGAUAAGGGACCUUGUCUCAACUGCUACUUGAAAAAUCUUACCAGCAGGUGACUCUGUAAGGCAGUGGGCUUUUAACAAGGCAUAUACAAGGGUGGGUACAAAUAGUAUAAGAAAACAUGUGCCAUAAAUGCUUAAUGUUCAUAAAAUUCAAGCGCUUUUAACUGGUUAAUGGCACAAUGAGGUUAGCAAGCCAAAUGUUUAUUUUAUAAAACUUUUUGGUAUAAAAUACAUUCGAUAACAUUUAAAACAAUGCUGAAGGAUUUCACGUACAGAGCAGAUGCAUGAUGCUUCCAAUUUAAUUAUUUAAUUGCAGUUACUUAAAUAAUAAAUUGUCAUUUACCAUGGUAUGGAGAGGAACUCUUGACUUCAAUACCAAUCAGUGUGUCUGUAUUUGCCAUGGGGCCUACAGUAAUAAACGAGACACACCCAGGACGGAUAGAAUAUCUAGAUCUAUAAUAUAGUUUGCCAGCUGUAAUAUUUAUUAUACUUGUGAUUGAAGCACACAUAGUAAAAAUGGUCUCACUAAAAUGGAAAUCGAAGUAUUACAUUUAGUCGAGACAUGUAUUUAUUUAGCAGACGUGAAGUAUUGAAUCUACUCUUCCUUAUCUCAAAGACUGCAGUGGAUAUUGUCCAGAGGUUCCCCGUCCCUCUUGCUUUGCAAUCCACUGAGCCCUGAUCAUUAUUUUUCAGUGGAUUAUUCCUGUGAGUACCCCGUAUUGUAGCCUGUGCUGUGAAAGGUAGUGCCACAACUGCAAAGACACCUAUGAUCCACAUCUGCUUUUCUUUGCAGUUCAUUUUUUGUAUAAAACACCUGUGCCAAUACUUUACAUCAAGUGAACAUUUUAUGUGAUAAUUUAACAGCAUAAAGCUAGAAAAAAAAAAAAAAAUACUGCUCCUUCCUGAAUCUAACCC